AUGGCGGGGGCCGGGAGCAUCCCCGGGCUGGAGGAGCUGCCGGGGGCUGAGCGUGCUGCAGUGCAGCGGGAACUCGCGCUGCUGCAGCUGCGCGACAGCAUGGAAACCUACAACGGGCUGGUGCAGCGCUGCUUCAACGAGUGCGUCAGCAGCUUCAGCAGCAAAACUCUGGAAGCAAAAGAGCAGCAGUGCGUUGCUGCUUGUGUCCGCAAGUUCCUGGCUUUUUCCGCCCGCCUGGGACAAAGGUUCGCGGAGAAGAACGUCGGGGCCAGCUAG